AGUUGACUCAUUUUAGACCAUUUCAUUGGUCCUGAAUAAAAAUCUCCACACAUCAGGAGCACCGGGCUAUGAAAAACUAAUCCGAACACUUCUUCGCUGUCUAAAAAGUGUACAGUUUAGUAAUGUAACGUUAUCGAGUUAAAUUCGCCGGAAUCAUAUGUGCUUUCGGUUUAUAACUUUCUUUUUUUUUAAACUAGAAGCCCUGCGACACGGAAACAAACUAACGCAACAUGCAUGAAGAUUGAAACAGACUUGCAUCGUAGUUGCAGGACAAGCCCCAGCUUCUGAGCGGGGUAGAUGCAGGGAGGGAGGGAGUUAAAAAGUCUUUGUGCUUCCCCUCCCCCUCAUCAAAGCAAAGGGGGAAAUGCUGAUCUUUCCUCUCCUCUCAUAGGAAAGAAGAAGAAUCCAGGCCUCAAGCUCUCCAAAGAGGUCUUUGACCAGCCCCCACCUGCAGCCGCAGCCCCCCCUCGAGAUCUGGAUUCCAAAGCCUGUGUUACCAUUGGAGAAAAGAACUUUGUUAUGAAGGCAGAUGACUUGGAGCAGAUUGGGGAGCUGGGUAGAGGAGCGUAUGGUGUGGUGGACAAGAUGAGACAUGUGCCCAGUGGGCUCAUCAUGGCUGUCAAGAGGAUCCGGGCCACAGUGAACACCCUGGAGCAGAAGAGACUGCUGAUGGACCUGGACAUCUCCAUGAGGACCGUGGACUGCUUCUUCACGGUCACCUUCUACGGCGCUCUCUUCAGAGAGGGUGACGUGUGGAUCUGCAUGGAGCUGAUGGACACCUCUCUGGAUAAGUUCUACAAGCAGGUGAUCGAUAAAGGCAUGACCAUCCCUGAAGACAUCCUGGGGAAGAUCACUGUAGCGAUCGUCAAGGCUUUGGAGCAUCUGCAUAACAAACUGUCAGUGAUACACCGAGAUGUGAAGCCGUCCAACGUGCUGAUCAACAUACAGGGCCAGGUGAAGAUGUGUGACUUCGGCAUCAGCGGCCACCUGGUGGACUCUGUGGCCAAGACAUUGGACGCCGGCUGCAAGCCCUACAUGGCGCCGGAACGGAUAAACCCCGACCUCAACCAGAAAGGCUACAGCGUCAAGUCAGACAUCUGGAGUCUAGGAAUCACAAUGAUUGAGCUGGCCAUUCUGAAGUUCCCCUAUGACUCGUGGGGUACACCCUUCCAGCAACUGAAGCAGGUAGUGGAUGAGCCCUCUCCACAGCUGCCCUCGGGCCGCUUCUCCCCUGAGUUUGUGGACUUCAGCUCCCAGUGCUUAAGAAAGAAACCCAACGAGAGACCCGCCUACACAGAACUAAUGCAACACCCCUUUUUCACCCUGCAUGACUCCAAAGAGACAGACGUAGCCAGCUUUGUCAAGAUCAUCCUGGCAGACUGACAGGCCCCUCCACCCAUCAGGGUAGGAGGUAGGUGGGACUUCUCCACCCACCCACCAAUCCAAGGCCUUUCAGAAAGCUCACUGGAAUUGAUCUGCCACACAACUCCAACUUUCUUUCCCCAAAGACUGACGACAGCUCACAGAGGCCACGUGGGAAAGCGCUUGUAAUAUGAA